AUGUUGUGUGCAAUCUCAGGAGAGGCCCCCCAGCAGCCUGUUGCGUCGCGCAAGAGCGGCAACGUCUUCGAAAGAAGAUUGAUCGAAACAUACAUCUCCGAGAACGGCACGGAUCCGGUGACUGGAGAGGACCUCACAGUCGAGGACCUGGUCGAGCUCAAACAAGCUCGCGUAGUUCGCCCUAGACCCCCGACCUUGACCUCGAUCCCCGCUCUUCUUUCCACUUUCCAGAACGAAUGGGAUGCCCUCAUCCUCGAGACAUAUCAGCUCAAGCAGCAACUGGCCGAGACCCGCCAGGAACUCAGUACCGCCCUCUACUACAGCGACUCCGCCGAGAAAGUUAUCGCACGUCUACAAAAAGAGAGAGAUGAAGCUAGAGAUGCUUUGGCCAGAAUCUCCGUUACUUCGACUUCGAAUGGGGCAAAUGGAGAUGCUAUGCAGGUGGAUGGACAAGGCUUGCCCAAGGCCAUUGUCGCAAAGAUUGAGCAAACACAGACAGAAUUGUCGUCAACUCGACGAAAGCGCCCGACACCUGAGGGCUGGGCAACCCCCGAUUCUCUGCAGGCCAUGCAAUCCACCCAGAACUCGGAGCCCUUGUACCCUGGAGGCCGCUCGAUUGCUGUCAACGAGACAGGCGACUUGGCACUUGUUGGAGGAAGCGACGGCGUGGUUGGUGUCUACUCAGUAUCACAAAGGCAGGUUGUGCAGACAUUGAAGUGUGGUGGUGGUUCUGUUACCGAUGCUGUCUGGUGCGGCAACAAGCCUGUGGUUGCCCUCUCGACUGGAGCGAUCAAGGUGUUCGACAACGAAGCCGAGGUUGCUAGCUUUGACCGCCAUGCAGGUGCAGUCAGUGCAGUCGCUCUGCACCCAUGCGGAGACAUCCUGGCAUCGGUCGGCGUGGACAAGAGCUACGUUCUCUAUGAUCUGCAGUCGCUUCAAACCAUCACCCAGGUCUCUACUGAUUCCGAACUCACCACUGCUGCUUUCCACCCCGACGGUCACCUGUUCGCAGCCGGCAGCAGCAAGGGAACGAUCAAGCUCUUCGAUGUCAAGACGUCAGAGAACGUGGCCAACUUCGAUUCAACCUUCGGACAAUCACCUCUUCAGACAGUAUCCUUUUCAGAGAACGGCACAUGGCUUGCGUCGGCAGUACAAGGCCAGACCAGUGUUAGUGUCUGGGACUUGCGCAAGAUGGCAGAGAUCAAGGCGAUCGACUUGGGCACAGUCGUGACAGGAGUCAGCUGGGACUACACUGGACAGUACCUCGCAGCAUGCGGACAAGGAUUUGUGGCAGUUGAGCACUACUCAAAGGGCUCGAAGAGUUGGUCAGAGCUGGUUAGAAGGGCACUGAACGCAGUUGAUGUGAAAUGGGGACCCAAGGCACAGAGCAUUGUUGCAUUGGCGACCGAUGGUAGCGUCAGCGUCUUGUCGUCGUAA